AUGGAACGUGUUGGUAAGUAUUGCUUGGCACUUCGAAAGAUGUAUGAACAAGAAGGUAUCAACUCAUCGCAUUCCGGAGCUAUUCGAAAAAAAUUGAGACGAAUGCUUUUUGAGUUGGAUGACUCGGACGAGAAUGCGCAAGUACUUGAACUAUACUGGAAGACGGCUUAUUAUGAGCCACUUAUGAAGCUGCGAAAGCAGAAGGUUUGCAUUGUAAUUGCCACUUUGUGCAUGAUUGCAGCAAAUCAUUCAAAACAUUUAGCACUGAAAGGUGAACCUUUAAAUGUCACUUCUAAAACCAUAGGUAUUCAAAAGUAAUG